GAGACCUACAUGUGUUACGGUAGCGAUGACUGGUAUCGAGGUUGCUGGUAUAAUCUUGGCAGCUCCACCGCUUCUUGUAAGCUGGCUUGAGCAUUAUCGACAAGUUUUCGAUUAUCUGAGGUGUUGGAAGAAGUUCCGCGUCGAAUAUCGCCAGUGUGAGACACAAGUUCAAAAUCUGGAGCUCAGCUUGAACUUCACCCUGGAGAAACUGUACUUGCCUUUCGUGGAAAGCGUCGCUGAACUGGAACGCCUGAAGCAGACACCCGACGACAAUGCUUGGAUUGAAGUCGAGGCAAAACUUCGUCAGCGGUUGCUUCAAGAAGCACAAUCAGGAUACCUGAAUGGUCUGCGAGAUCUAGAUAGCGCGAUCGAAGAGUUGCGGCAAGAACUCGCGUACGACAACGACCAUUUCCAAGCAGAGCUCAGU